AUGACGUCAGCGUUGCGUCUGAGCGGGUACCUGGAACCUUCGCAGCUGCCCCUGAUGGAGCAGGUCAAGUUCGCGCUGACUGCCAACGUGUCCAUUGUGGGAAUGAACGGCUCACGCCUCUCCCUGUUCCAUGCUUUCCGGUCGUCUCAGUGCCCUCCUUCACUUUUCCCCCAUGCAGACUGCCAAGCUGGGGCCCCUCUGUUCUCCUCAAGCAAUUCAAUCUAUCUCAUUCCUUCCCCAUCCCCCCCUUUCCAGUCCGCUCAGAUCGUCAAGACGGGCAUGAUUCCCGUCUCCUGCAUCCUCGAGGUCUUUAUCGCCAAGCUGGGUGUGAUUCCUGUAUCAUGCAUCCUCAAGAUCGCCAAGCUGGGCAUGAUCCCGGUCUCCUGUGUCCUCGAGGUCUUCUUUGAUCGCAUGCGCUACUCCCAGGGCUCGCGCCUCUCUGUGCUGCUGGUGCUCAUAGGCGUGGCCACGUGCACCAUCGCUGACAGCAGCCUCAGCGCCAGGGGCAUGGUGGCAGCUGCCGUGGCUGUCUGCUCCACGGCCCUGCAGCAAUACUACGUGCAAUACCUGCAGAAGAAGUACCGUCUGGGCUCCUUCGACCUGCUCUCCCACACAGCACCCGUGCAAGCCGGCUCGCUCGUGCUGCUGGGCCCUCUAAUAGACUGGCUGUUGUCGGGUGCCCGGGUUGACAGCUACGACUUCAGUGUUCCCUCGGUGCUGUGCAUCGGCCUCUCAUGCCUGAUAGCCGUGGCCGUGAAUGCGAGUCAGUUCAUCUGCAUUGGUCGCUUCACAGCGCUCACCUUCCAGGGCCUGGGCCACAUGAAAACGCUCUCCGUGCUCGUGCUUGGAUACGCUCUCUUUGGGCUGGACGGACUCAAUGCACCAGUCCUGAUGGGGAUGCUACUUUCCAUCAUGGGAAUGGUGUGGUACGGCAAUGCAUCGUCGAGACCAGGAGGCAAAGAGAAGGUGCCAGUGGCUCCUACUCUUCCAACCACCACCGAGGCGGAUGAAAGCGCGCCGCUAAAAAGUGAACCGCGGGAAGCUCCUGUGGUGCCAGCACUUGAAAAGCAGGCCAGUGACAGUGGAUAA